AUGAAUCAGGAACUCCUGUGGUAUUCUAGACGCACCCACUUCCUACCGGGGCUCACUCAGGGCAAGGGCGAUGACCCGCAAAGCCUCUUUGGACCACCAAUUGCCCGGACCCCCUACGAGGGACCAAUGGAGGAUCGCUCUGAUGGGUCCCAGUAUCAACGGUUAGCACUGGAGCGUAUGGGGCUUGGAUGCCUGCGGCCUACUGCCUAG